GGAGGGGGAGGGGUGUCCCGUCGGCAGGCACACAGACAGCAGGCAGCAGCUGCAGCAAGAAGGACCCGGUACCCGUUUCUCUGCAUUAAAACAUUCAUAUUAACGAUCUUUACCUCCGAAGCACAUAGGACAGCAAACACACACCAUAUCUAAAAUGGUAGACCGCGAGCAACUGGUGCAGAAAGCCAGGCUGGCCGAGCAGGCGGAGAGGUAUGAUGAUAUGGCAGCUGCCAUGAAAUCGGUCACAGAACUGAACGAAGCACUAUCCAAUGAGGAGAGGAACCUGCUCUCUGUGGCCUAUAAGAAUGUGGUUGGGGCGAGGCGUUCUUCCUGGCGCGUCAUCUCCAGUAUUGAGCAGAAAACAUCGGCCGACGGCAAUGAGAAGAAAAUCGAGAUGGUGCGUGCCUACCGGGAAAAGAUCGAGAAGGAGCUGGAGGCCGUCUGCCAGGACGUGCUCAACCUGCUCGACAACUUCCUGAUCAAGAACUGCAACGAGACGCAGCACGAGAGCAAAGUGUUCUACCUGAAGAUGAAGGGCGACUACUACCGCUACCUGGCCGAGGUGGCCACGGGGGAGAAGAGAGCCGCGGUGGUGGAGUCCUCCGAGAAGUCCUACAGCGAGGCCCACGAGAUCAGCAAGGAGCACAUGCAGCCCACCCACCCAAUCCGCCUGGGCCUGGCUCUCAACUACUCCGUCUUCUACUAUGAGAUCCAGAACGCCCCAGAGCAAGCGUGCCACCUGGCCAAGACCGCCUUCGAUGACGCCAUCGCCGAGCUGGACACCCUGAACGAGGACUCCUACAAAGACUCCACUCUCAUCAUGCAGCUGCUACGAGACAACUUGACGCUCUGGACGAGCGACCAGCAGGACGACGAGGGAGGAGAGGCCAACAAUUAAAUGGUCCCAAACCUCAUUCUGCCAAAACAACACAACACGCGCGCUCACAAAUGAUGACAAAAUAAUAAUACUAGUUAAACAAUUCUUAGAAAUUUAAAAAAGAAUCGGGAGUGGGGGGAGGGGCUGUUGGAACAUUGGAGGCCAAUUUAGCGGAUGGUACUAACGUGGCUGCUGUUCUUCAUUUUUCAACAAAUUUUAAAAAGUUGGAGACAAUUUUAGUUGGAGUAAUUACCUAAGAUUAAAAAACAAAUAAAACAAUGAAACCCCCUCCUUGGUAGCCUCUGCAGCAUUUGCCAAAAUACCACUAUAGAAGCAGGAAGUAUGUCAUUCAUCGCAGUGUGACUAUUGGGUAAUGAUGCCUUCACACUGGCAGAGACUGGUCUUAUCGCGCAAAUGAAGCUGAGCUGUCCUAUUGUAUUUGGUGAGGGGAGGAGCAUUCAGAAAUUGGGUUUUCGGUGCUUGAGCAGCCAGAAAAUUAGAGUCACCUCGAAUGUCAUGGCCUUGCUUAGUGAAAGAGAAAGACUAGGGAGGAAGCGAGCGAGAGAGCAGAAGGGUUGCAGAGAUGAAGACUGAGCUUUUUUAAGGGGGUGUCCAACUUCAUUGUGUAACUUCAAAUAUGCACCGACAUCUUUAGUUGCACCACACUAUGAUCAUUGAGUGGAAAGCAGGUCGUCUCUGUUGAUGAAGAUGACAAAUGUUUUUGUUUGCUUUGUGUCAGUUAUGUGUCCAGCGCAGUCAUACAGUCAUACUGUAACUAAAAAUACAAAUUCAUGAAGUAAACUUAGUGCAGCGUGUCCCUCUCAUGUGCUGAUGUGCUUUAUUCAAUAAAUUAACUGUUUAUCGACACCUAAUUCUUAUCGUCAAUAUUUUCAUUACUAUAACAACUUCUAUUGGCUCCGUGUAGGAAACAGUUCCAGAUAGCAAAGUAAGAUAAAAGGACAUUUAAAAAAAAGAAAGUGGUGAUUGAACAUUAUCAUGAUUCCACCCUUAUUCAAAACACUCAGUAGGAUCUCUGAAACGGCACCUGAAACCACAUACUUGAUGAGUAUUGUUUGUGGACAGAGCACAUGCAAUGUUAAGUGGAAGCUCUAAAAGCAGAUUUGAGGUUUGUGGAUUUACUUUGUCUUCAGUUACUUCUUGGUCAAGAAAUGCACUUGCCUAUUAUACUGUUUCUUCAGUGUAAGAUGAUAACUGCUCCAAUAUUCUCCAUAAUACAAUAUUGUGCAUGCUGGUGAUGUAUUUAUACAGUAGCUUCAAUUUAUUAACUUAUACUGUAGAUGUUAUGUAUUCAUAUGAACAUGGAAUUACUAGACCUUAAUCAGAUUAUUUUCUAUUUAUUUCUUUUUAUCGCAAUUGUUAGCUAGACCUUAUUUUAAUCUGUGUUUUCUUUACUCCAUUUGCUGAAGUACGCUAUACCAAAACAGUGAUUGUUAACAAUAAAUUGAUCUGUUAAGGACA